AUGGAGCAGACGUCCUGGCUGGAUCUAUCGACGGAGAGCGACGGUAUAACCUCGCCAUCGCCACCACCAUCGCCUCCAAGCAGCCCCAUCAAACUCACUCGAUCAAAGUCCAUCAUCGAGCGAUCCGGCAGCAGAGCUUCCGUCUACUCCAUCUCUCCCAACACUUCACGCACCGAUGACCAGCUUUUCGGCCGCGCUGGCCUCCCACCAUGGGAUCGGACAGUAGACCUGGUCUAUCACAAAUAUAAACGCGGAGAAGCCAAGCGAGACAGAACCAUCGCCUUGAAGGCGUCCAUUGCCAACUUCUUCUCACUGCACAAGAGACAGAGGUCCUCACAAACGAGCAGCAACAUUGCCCCAUUGGGGUCCAAGCCCAUUAGUCUCAAUCGAUUCUGCUGGAACCAAGACUGCUGGGAGCCCUCGGACUUUACUCCUCUCCACGACGUCCUGGCAGCUUUCCGCCCUUAUUUGGCAGUCUCAUUCGAUCUUUACGCUGAGCUUUUCGCAAUCAUCUUGGUAGAGUAUACUUUUCACGUUACAUUUUCGCCGUUUAUUGCCCCGAAACUCAAUCCUCUUGCUACUACGUGGCUCAACAAAUAUGGCCCCUUUAUGAGGUCUCUUGUCAUUGAAGUCGAUCUAUCGCGUCUUGGUUUUGGCCCCAGUCCCUCAGCUAUCAGUCUGCUCCCAGGAAUUAGCCGCGUUCAAGACCUCAUUCUCAAUUUCAGCAUGUCUCAGCUCAGAAGAGCUCCAGAAGCUCCAUUGGAGUCCUUGAUUCUCGCAUGUCGCCGCUUCUACGGCGAAAGAGAGGAAAUCCCCAAACCUCCAGCAGAAUCAACGAAUAAAAAAGACUCCGAAAACACCCAAAAUUCAUCUUCAGCUGUCGUUCUCGUCAAGUCAAGCAAAUCUUCAUCAUCCGACAUCUCAGAAAGAAUCGCCCGGGCCAUCUCUCCAGCCCCCCAAGAAUCCUUCAGACAAUCUGUAUUAAUAACUCACGACAACACAAAAAGCGAACCCGUUGCUUGGGACCUCGAAGACAGCGAAGGAGAAGACGGCGAAGAAGAAGAAGAAGAAGAAGAAGAAGAAGAAGGAGACGAAGACGACGACGACGACGAAGAUGGCGACACUGACGGCAACUCCUUCGAAAGCAGCUACUACUCCUCUUCAAGCUCAGACUCGUCCUCAAACGCAGACAACAGUCUCCUUGCCCCCACGCCAUCCAUCCCAGAAGAGAAACCCUUCUACUGCCCAGACAAACACCUCUCCAUAUGCAACCAUCUCGCCCGUCUCCGCAACAAAGUCACUUCGCUCCGCAUCGUCGGUUUCAGCGACGAGUACUCCCACGCCCUCAUAGCAACCUUAUUCCCCCACCUGAAAGCUUUCCCCAUCGCAAAUCACUCCUACCGUGUCGCUCCCUCUACGCUCUGGCCUCGCCUGCGUGGUCAGAAAUCCUGGAUCGACGCCGGCCGUGGAGAACUCGUCCUGGACGACCACGAGGUCAUUCCGGAACCUUGCAUUUUCCCCGAGGGGCUGGUUCAGCUGCCGCCGCCAGUCAUUUACAGAUCGGGCAUCAGAUCACUGCCGUGGUGCCGCGAACCAACUCACCGCCCGAGACACAAUGCCACCAACUCAGGCUCCAGUUGGCCGUCUCAGACAAGUAUAGAGAGUAGUGAGGCAAACACCUCUACAAAUUCACGACGUAGUGAUGAGAAGUCUAGGAUGCAGAAGCUUUUUGGCAAGUACAAAGAUAGGUCAAGGCGGAGGCCAAGGCCGGUGUCUGCCCCCUGA